GGCGCUUCUGAGGAAUCAUUUGUACAUUUAAAAAAAAAGUAAAUCCAACACAGCCCAGCCCAGAAACAUUUGCAUUUCAAUAGAAAUGAUGGACUUCCUCGGGUUAAAAGCAGCAGAACGGAGCGGAUAGCUUGGAACGCGAUCAAUUCAAUGAUGCCGACUUAGAGCGAGAUCGUACAGCUUCAAAAGUAGAAUCGAUCUUCUCACAACUUCACGCACACCCAGAGGAGCCCCCAGGCGGACCCCCGCCUUCUCACGCCUUAAACCGGAGUCCGGGGCGGGGAAUCACUCCCCCACCUCACUCGGGUCCUUCCGCCGGCCUCCCCGAAAGCCCGGAGCGCGGAACCGGAGCGACCCUCGGAGGCCCCUGGACGGGCAUGCUCAGUAGACCCGCAGGUCUGGUUUCACUCGGAAACCGGCAGCAGCCCCCGCUCCCUACCGCCCUGCGCUGGCGCCGAGAGAAGCCGACAUUUUAUCUUUCUGGAAGAUCCGCUCUCUCUUUCGCGUCCUUCGCCCCCUCUCUGCGUUCUCCCACCUCACCCGGGUCCGGUAGGGCCGCGAGUGUAGAUCUCCCCCCGGUGGGGUUGUGGGUGCAAUCUGAUAAAUCACCCCCCCCAGCCCCCACGGGGCGCGCGCGGGGCAGGGGUGAUUUGGGGAGGACUCUGCUAUGCCCUGAGGUUUGUAUCUCCCGACCCGCGCGACAGAAACCCCCCACCGUCGCGGCGUUCUCCCUCCCCGCCCUGGAGGAGCGCAGCUGCGCGCAGGCCUGUCCUCGCCUCACCCCCAUUCUGCCCCUUCGGUAUUUGUCAAUGACCGGCGCCCGGAGGACACUUCCGACGGGGGAGGGAGCGGGUAUCAUUAGCGCUGGGUUUAUCAGUUCCUUCCGGUCUGCCCCGAGCCCAGUCCCGCGCGCCGCGCGGCCGCGCCUCAGCGUCCCGGUGCCUUUAUUAUGUUUAAGUAAGCGGUCGCGUGUGCCAAGUGAGUUUGUAGCCCAGCUGUCUCCCCCAAGACCAGCAGGCAGGAAUGGAAACCCAAGCUCUCGUAAUGAAGGGGAUGAUGCAAACUUAGAAACUGACCCGACGCCCGGGAAUGAUACUCCCCCCACACCCCCCGGCACGGGGCGUCCCAGUCCGGGCAUGAAUGGCUGAAGCCAGAUUGCAUAAUCUACGCGGUAUAAAUAGCCGGCGGGCGGGCCUCUGACGCGCUCGCGCGUACCGUUAUCGUGCCGUACUUGCCCCGAUGCCGCUCACUCCCAGCUCAUUUUCCUUUUCGGCUGCGCUGCUGGGAUUUUAAGUAGCAGAGAUGAAAGGCUCUUGUCCCUGCCUCCCUCCUCCCUUGAGGUCGUAUAUUAUGAAUGAAACGCCAACCUCGCGGCUUUCCGAGGUGCCCCACUUCAGGUAGGAGACAGGCUCAACGUCAAGUGCAGCGGUCCAUCCAAAUGUGUGUGUGUGUGCGCGUUGGGGAGAGAGAGAAAGCAGGAAUGAGUGACAGGGCUGGGAAACCUUUUGGUCGAGAAAAUGUAACCGCUUAGGGUUAGCCUCUGGAGUUUCAGUUUACACUUCUACCAGCCUCAGUCAAUUUCAGAGCGAAUUAUUCAAAGGGUCUUUCGACUGUGGCUGCUCGCUCUGCCAACGUAGGCCGCCGCCUCUGUACAAGUGCUGUUUCAUUUAGAGGGGCAGGUUUCCUCUCCCCGUCGAGGCAGC